UGGAACAGUAGAAACAUGAACAACAGCAGUCUAGAAUCAUCAUAUGCAUGCGGCCUUCCAGAAGACUUUCCACCAUCCCUCAAUAUUCCUCCUGCUAUCAAUUAUAUCCAGGCAGGUAUUGCUCUAGUAACAGGUAUCAUUGGAUUAUUACUGAACAUUUUCAUACUGUUCAUCAUUAUCAAAUAUCGCAGUCUUCGCCAGCGUCUCAUGUACAUUGCAAUACAAAUUUCUAUAGUCGAGAUUGCCUAUUCAUUACUUGUUCCUCCUGCAAUCUUUAUAUCUGGUAUUGCUAGGGAAUGGCUGCUGGGUGAGGCUAUGUGCAACAUUUUAGGCAUCGUCAAUGAUGGAUUCGCAUAUUUCAGAUUUAUGAUGACUUUUAUCUUAACCCUUGAUCGAUUCGUUUCUGUAUUCUUUCCAUUUGUGUACGAGAGGAACUCAAAGAAGAUUCUAAUUAUUUUACUGAUUAUGGUGUACUUUACAACUUUUCUGAGAGUCAUCCUUCCUCUCAAAGGAGUGAUGGGUUGUUACACGUAUGUCCCCACCAACAAGAUCUGCACUGCAUAUUCCGACUGUUCAACUGGAUGCUAUUACUUUGUUCUUGCUAGUGUUGUCACUAUAGUCCUCAUUGGUGCUAUCAUCCCAUUCUGCAUGUACAUGAUAUUAUUUUACAAAGCAUACAAAGUAAGGAAGAUUUCAAGCCAGGCAGUCACUACACACUCUCCUAGUCCAAGUUUCUCAUCAAUUGCUACUGUACAGGUAAAUAUGAGUACAAUUAAAGGAAGUUUGCCUAGAGGCCGAGAAUCAAGCAUAUGUGAACAUGACCUUGAGAAGUCUCGGAAGUCCAUUUCAGGAGAUGAAAAUUUUCAAGUAACACUCACCAUGUUCAUAUUAUUGAUGAGCGUCAUUGGUUGCACCAGUCCUGCCUUUGUUCUCUAUAUUGUCCAGUUUAUUUCGCUCCACAAUAAUUCGGCUUUUUUUAUCGUGAUCAUGUUGCUAGGGAGGACGUCUUUUAACAGCAUACCAAUCUUUGAUGCUAUAGCUAUAAUGAGGGACAAGCAGUUCAGAAGCUCUGCUAAAACAUUUCUUGGUACUCUAAGAAAGUGUAUUUAAAUUUUUGAAAAGCAAGAAGUGCUAUGCAGUUUGUAAUUAUACACGAUCAUGUAUCUAAUAAAAACUUAUUGUCUUUCUAUGCUUAUUAUUUUAUUACUUUUUUAAUAUACAAAUUUGUGGCAACCUUUUCCUCACAUAGA